CGCCUGUCCGACCGACUCGGCAGGAACCGGGACCGCCGGCGCAGGAGGUGAGAGAGCGGUGGGGCUGAGGGCGUGCCCGGCCCCGACCCUCAUUCCGCGCUCCCGGCGUCGCGGCCACCAUGGCUGUUGUUGGCGCCUCUGCUGUCUCCAGCUGUCCCCCAUGUCACCUCGCCUCCUUGCUGCCUGUGUCCGGAGGGUGUGCAUCGCUUCCAGUGGAUCAGAAACCUGGUUCCAGAGUUCGGAGUCUCCAGCUCUCACGUCAGGGUGCUUUCUUCACCUGCAGAGUUUUUUGAGCUCAUGAAGACACUUUUGAUGGCUGCUCAGCUUAUUCCUGCGGGUUCCACCUGUUAGGUUUCCGCUUCACAGAUGGCUGAGUUGAGCCGUGAUCAGAAGCUCUCCUGGGUGGCUGAUGUCUCAGGUGGAGCAGCUCAGAGCUUGCGGGCACUGAGGGGGCAGAUAAAAGUAGCCAAGAGGCGGGUCGUGAUGGCGUCCCUCUACCUGGGGACAGGUCCUUUGGAACAGGAACUGGUGGAUUGCCUGGAAAGCACUCUAGAAAAGUCACUCCAGACGAAGUUUCCUUCCGACCUCAGGGUGUCCAUUCUCUUAGACUUCACGCGGGGCUCAAGAGGAAGGAAAAACUCUCGCACGAUGCUGCUCCCACUCCUGCAGAGGUUUCCAGAACAGGUCCGAGUGUCUCUCUUCCACACGCCUAACCUCCGUGGGCUCCUCCGGCUCCUCAUCCCCGAGCGCUUCAACGAGACCAUCGGCCUGCAGCACAUCAAGGUGUACCUCUUCGACAACAGCGUCGUCCUGAGCGGCGCAAACCUGAGUGACUCCUACUUCACCAACCGGCAGGACCGCUACGUGUUCUUGCAGGACUGUCCUGAGAUUGCGGACUUCUUCACGGAGCUGGUGGACGCGGUGGGGGACGUGUCCCUGCAGUUGCAGGGGGACGACACAGUGCAGGUGGUGGAGGGGAUGGUGCAUCCUUACAAAGGUGACCGGGCUGCGUAUUGCAAGGCAGCCAAUAAGAGGGUUAUGGAUGUGAUCAACUCAGCCAGGACCCGCCAGCAGAUGCUGCAUGCCCAGACCUUCCACAGCAACUCCCUCUUAACCCAGGGAGAUGCAGCCGCCGCUGGAGACCAGAGGCCAGCCCCAGACACCUGGAUUUACCCAUUGAUCCAGAUGAAGCCCUUUGAGAUUCAGAUCGAUGAGAUUGUCACUGAGACCCUGCUGACGGAGGCCGAGCGAGGCGCUAAGGUCUACCUUACCACUGGCUACUUCAACCUGACCCAGGCCUACAUGGACCUGGUCUUGGGCACGCGAGCCGAGUACCAGAUCCUGCUGGCCUCGCCGGAGGUGAACGGCUUCUUCGGGGCCAAGGGGGUGGCAGGUGCCAUCCCGGCCGCCUACGUGCAUAUUGAGCGGCAGUUCUACAGUGAGGUGUGCAGCCUGGGGCAGCAGGAGCGGGUCCAGCUGCAGGAGUACUGGCGGAGGGGCUGGACGUUUCAUGCCAAAGGCCUCUGGCUGUACCUGGCAGGGAGCAGCCUGCCCUGCCUCACGUUGAUUGGCUCUCCUAAUUUUGGGUACAGGUCAGUUCACCGGGACCUGGAGGCCCAGAUCGCCAUCGUGACGGAGAGCCGGGCCCUGCAGCAGCAGCUUCACCAGGAGCAGGCGCAGCUCUACCUGAGGUCUGGUGCGGUGUCCUCUGCCACCUUUGAGCAGCCGAGCCGGCAGGUGAAGCUGUGGGUGAAGAUGGUGACUCCGCUGAUUAAGAACUUCUUCUGAGGACAGCAGGGAUGGCCUUGAUGAAGAUGACGGGCAUGGCCGGCGUCAGCUCUUUCAGCCGCGCGUCGGCGAUGACUCCCAGCUGGGUGUCCCAGCGAGCUCCUGCAGGGACAGCACAGCCAAGGGUCAGGGUGGCCCAGGGUGAGGUGACUGGUUCCCGGUUCCCGUCUGUCGUGCUGGCAGUGGGGGAGGGGAGGGGCCUGGCUUGCACCCGCACCCCUGUAGAGAUAGGCCAGGUGCCAGGGCCUGGACUGCACAGGAAUUGCUGCAGGGGGGGCUGUAGGCAGAGGACGGGGUGGGGGUCGUGUGCACGGCGUGACUGCCUGUGUGUCUCGCUGUGCACCUCUGAGGGACAGAUCGGCCCCAAAGCGCUGGGCUCCAUUGUCUACGUGCGUGGUGGUUUCAGAGCCUCAUGUGUCAGCCUUCUUCGUUUCAAUGGCAGGAAAUCAUAACUCCAGCUGAAAAUGACAGACUAAACUCCCUGCUUCCCUCCCUCUGUAGCGACUGUCCUAUGUGCACCUGCACAGUACAAAUAUGUAUAUGCACAUACAACUGUCCUGCCUUGAACCAGACUUAUUUCUACUCACCCUAUUUAACGAUGCUUAGAUUUCCUGUCUGUAAUUCCAAAAUAAACACGGAGAAUGGUUGCUGC